ACUGUGCUUCUGUUACGCUUCUGUUGCAGUGCUGUUAGCGUUAACAGCGGGCAAAGUGCGCCAAAUUUGAAUGCCAGUAAAUUACUUCAAUUUUAAGAACCCACCAAUAUGACCUCCUCUUUGGCGAAAAUCGAGGACUUUCCCUCCGAUCCCGUUGAGUUUUUUAAGAAGAUCCUUCAGGAAGCUGCCAAAGGACAUCCCGAUGGAUUCGUGCAGGAAAUGAACCUGGCCACCGUGGACGAGGAAUUCGGUGUGCUCAACCGUACUGUCCUGUACCGCGGACUCACCCAGGAUAAUUGCGUUUUCUACAUAACCCAUCGGUACGUUCGAAACUUCAAGAACCUUCGGGCCAAUCCCAAGGCCUGCAUCACCUUCUAUAUGCCGGAUGUUAAGGAUGGGGCCGGAAAUCAGAAUACCUGGCAGGUGAGAUUGAUUGGAGCCACCGCCGUGGAACUUGCCCAAAGCGAAAUGGAUGCUCUGUGGGCCAAGGAGAAUUUGGCUGCCCAAAUCAGGGGUCACAUCUGUCCCUGUGGAGAACCGAUUAACUACGAUGAUCUCAAGGCGAAGCACGAUCAGUUCCUUCAGGAUCACAGAGGAAAAUCCAUCGAGAGGCCAGCAAGCUAUACCGCUUGGAAAUUCCAACCGCAGCGUUGGGACUUCCUGAAGGUGGGUCUCGACCAAAUCGCGGAUCGGGUGCAGUACCGCCUUCAGAAGGAUGGGAAAUGGGCAUCCAUGCACGUGUCCACCUAAUUGUGGUAUACCCCCAGUAAAACCAUUAUCUUGAUUUUGGACGAUUUCAUUUUAUUCAACAAUAUCUUUCUACAAACAGCUAAACGUACAGACUAACAACUAAAUUUGCUUCCUUUUCGACAUGUUUAACAUACAAUUACAACAUAGUUAAUAAAUAUUACACAAAACAGCAAAAAAAAGGACGUUUAAAGAAUACAGUUAGCAUAGAGUUACACAGGUUCCAGUAACAUUAGAGCAGGUUAGUUACAUAAGUACAUACACAUGCUUAAUUGUCUUACUUGCUUUGCUACACCACACACAUAAUACCCAGUGAGUUUCGGUUCCGUUUUCUACACAAAUGCGCUGAGGGGCGUGCCCCCGCCCCCUGGUGGACUAUCCCGACUAUAUCGCGCUGAUCGUCUCGCGGAUCCAGGCGGCAUUCGAGGCGAUCUUGUCGUACAUCCUGGGCCGCUCCACGCCCGUGGGUCCGCACGCGAUCCGCCAGGAGGAGACCCCAAUGAGCGCCCACUGAUUCGUUCCCGGAAUUAGGCACUGGACGGGCGCUCCCGAAUACUCCUCUUGCUGAAAAUGAACAAAACAAAAAUAUUAUAAAUAUCAGAGAUAAAUCAAGUAAUUGGAAAUUAAAAAUAUAUUUAUAAACUGUAAUUUUGGUCCACUCUAAAAAAUAUAAUCUAUAUAGUUUGUAAAGGCUCAGAUUAAUUAAUUAACCGUUAAAAAUUUGAUUGUCAACAGUUUCUGUAAACUUUCAAAUUAAAAAUAAUUUCGUAAUAA